AACAAUUCAGGCUUCACCGUGACUCAGACCUGGUCUCCAACAUAUGCGUUCUGAAGCAAGGUGGCUGAGAUGGGCAGAAUGCUUCAUUCUGGAAGGAAAUUAUGUUCCAGGUCAAACUGAGUCUACCAAACACAGACCUUCACUAUGGUUCUAAAAGAAAUCUGGACAAGUCUUAUCAUGUGGUUUUUCUACGCCUUGAUUCCAUGUUUGCUCACAGGUGGAGUGGCCAUUCUACCUGCCCCUCAGAACCUCUCUGUACAUUCAACCAACAUGAAGCAUCUCUUGAUGUGGAGCCCAGUGAUCAUGCCUGGAGAAACAGUGUACUAUUCUGUUGAGUACCAGGGGGAGUACGAGAGCCUGUACACGAGCCACAUCUGGAUCCCCAGCAGCUGGUGCUCACUCACGGAGGGGCCUAAGUGUGACGUCACUGAUGACAUCACGGCCACGGUGCCAUACAACCUCCGUGUCAGGGCCACACUGGGCUCACAGACCUCAGGCUGGAGCACCCUGACACACCCCUUCAAUAGAAACUCAACCAUCCUCACCCCACCUGGGAUGGAGCUCACCAAGGAUGGCUUCCACCUGGUUAUUGAGCUGGAAGACCUGGGGCCCCAGUUUGAGUUCCUUGUGGCCUACUGGAGGAGGGAGCCUGGUGCUAAGGAACAUGUCAAAACGGUGAGCAGUGGGGGCAUUCCAUUGCACCUGGUAACCAUGGAGCCGGGGGCUGCGUACUGUGUGAAGGCUCAGACAUUUGUGAAGGCCAUUGGGAGGCGCAGCGCCUUCAGCCAGGCAGAAUGUGUUGAGGUUGAAGGAGAGGUCCUUCCCCUGGCUCUGGCCCUGUUUGCAUUUGUUGGCUUCAUGUUGAUCCUCGUGGCUGUGCCACUCUCCAUCUGGAAAAUGGGCCAGCUGCUCCGGUACUCCUGUUGCCCUGUGGUGGUCCUCCCAGACACCUUGAAAGUAACCAAUUCACCCCAGAAGUUAAUGAGCUGCAGGAAGGAAGAGGUGGAUGCGUGUGCCAUGACCGCUGUGCUGUCUUCUGAGGGACUCUUCAGGACCUGGAUCUAGCGGGCUUGGGGAAGGGCCCGGGUGAAGCUGAGAACCUGGUCUGCGUGACACAGGAACCACGAGGGGACAGGCUGUGUUUGUUUUCCUCCAUGGACAAGGGACAGUAGAAGUAAGAGGAGCCUGCUGUCUACAGAGGCAGAGUGGUUUGCCUGACAGAGCACUGACUUGGGGUCAGAUGACCUCUAGACUUGGAGCUGCCAUUUCCCUACCUGAGUGACGCUGGGGAAAGUGACUUUAUCCCUCUAGUCCUCAGUUUUCUCAUCUGUAACGGGGAGAUUAACUACAUACCUGCUAAACACACACACAGUCUUUCUCCAGCCAUGCAAGUGCUGAGUGUAUAUACACAUAUUCCUUUGUGUCACACACACACACACACACACACACACACACCCCUAGCACUUGCAGGGCUGUGAAACUGGUGAUGUUGAACAGCGUGACGGGUUCAGCUUUUCUGGAGAGCAGGGCAUAAAUGUGUGAUAAAAACUAUUAUGGCCUCUCCACACUGGUUGGCUUGGAAGUCCCAUUUUCCCAGAGGAAGCCUUGGAGAGGAAGGGAAUGACAGAAGCAACGGUGUUGAUUUCACCUCAAGCCAAAUGCCUGUGCAGAAGUAAAUGAAGGGCUCAGCAAGCUCUACAGUAGGUGACCUGGAGGAAGGUCACAGCACACUGAAAAUGGAACAUGUGCAAACACGGUGGAUCCACGAAACACUGUAAAGGUUGAGAGUGUGUGCGCCUGAGGACAGCAGCUAAACAUACGUGUGCACUGAGAUGGGAAUGCAGAAGGAUGUCUGUAACAAGUGGGACAUUUGUUGUGCUCCUUUGGAGUUGCUAAAGGGCAGAAAGGGGCCACCUAUGCAGUUUUUUUGGUUCCUGACCAAAAGCAGUCUUUAAAGUUCUAGUGACAUUAUCAACCUUGAGUCCAGAGAGGUCCCAAAGGACACCUAUAUUCACCUAAGGUCACCUAUGGUCACCUAAGGAGUAGAGGCAACUCUAGGUAGGGCCUGGGGCAGGGUGAAGCAGUCUCAGGCUUUUGCACAGCCCCUGGGAGUCCAGAGCCAGGGGCUGCCUGGGGUGGGGCAGCCUCUGGCUACAUGAGGACCCCACUAAGGCAGCUGGCAAAAGCCUCACCUGGUCAGGGUGCUCCUGGCCUUCCCUGGAGGCCCCACCCCACAGGUGGUCCCUUGAGGACCCUCUUUUCCUUGACUGCUCACUCAAGGUAUCCUCAAGCCCCUUCCAUUUACUCAUCUAGGACCUGCCUCUGGAAGCCUCUCUCUACCCUCCCCCUAACCAGGUGAAGAGCCAACAUCUGAGAAGGAACGGAGGGAGGAAGUUCCUCGAGGUGCGAAGGGCUUGCUGAGCAAGGCCAGUGUCUUGCUUUGUAACACCCACUGCUCCCCUCCUCCCCCCAGCUCUGGAGCCUCUGAGUUGGUCCAUCUCCACCCCCACUUCCUGGGCCCCUUCCAGCCACUGCAGCGUGGGACAGGCUAACUGCUUCAACCAGGUGUUUCCCUCCUGCCAGAUAGAGGCUCACAGCACUAUCUCCACCUGGUGGGAUCUCUCCAGGGUAUGAGAGAGCCGAAGAUCUUUUCGCUUGUAUCAUUUUGUAUGCUCUGUGUUUGACUCUUUUGUGAAGAGUGUGUGUUAAUUUUAUACUUGGCCUAAGCUGGAAACAUAUUCAA